GCCGUGCACAUCUCCCCACUCCAGCCACCUUCUCUGUACCCAUCUUUUAUUUCAUUUUUCCACUUGGCUGAGCCAUCCAGAGCCUUUUCAAUGUAUAAAAUGGAAUAUUCUUACCUCAAUUCCUCUGCCUACGAGUCCUGUAUGGCUGGGAUGGACACCUCGAGCCUGGCUUCAGCCUAUGCUGACUUCAGUUCCUGCAGCCAGGCCAGUGGCUUCCAGUAUAACCCGAUAAGGACCACUUUUGGGGCCACGUCCGGCUGCCCGUCCCUCACGCCCGGAUCCUGCAGCCUCGGCACCCUCAGGGACCACCAGAGCAGUCCGUAUGCCGCAGUUCCUUACAAACUCUUCACCGACCACGGCGGCCUCAACGAGAAGCGCAAGCAGAGGCGCAUUCGCACCACGUUCACGAGCGCGCAGCUCAAAGAGCUGGAGAGGGUCUUCGCGGAGACGCACUACCCGGACAUCUACACCCGCGAGGAACUGGCCCUGAAGAUCGACCUCACCGAGGCUCGAGUUCAGGUGUGGUUCCAGAACCGUCGUGCCAAAUUCCGCAAGCAGGAGCGCGCGGCGGCCGCUGCAGCAGCUGCGGCCAAGAACGGUUCUUCGGGCAAAAAAUCCGACUCGGCCCGCGACGACGAGAGCAAAGAAGCCAAGAGCACCGACCCGGACAGUACGGGAGGCCCGGGCCCCAACCCCAACCCCACUCCCAGCUGCGGGGCGAGCGGCGGCGGCGGCGGCGGGCCCAGCCCGGCAGGAGCCCCGGGGGCUGCGGGGCCCGGGGGGCCGGGAGAGCCGGGCAAGGGCGGAGCGGCGGCGGCAGCGGCGGCAGCGGCAGCGGCGGCAGCAGCGGCGGCAGCAGCGGCGGCCGGAGGCCUGGCUGCAGCCGGGGGCCCUGGACAAGGAUGGGCUCCCGGUCCUGGUCCCAUCACCUCCAUCCCGGAUUCUCUCGGGGGCCCCUUCGCCAGCGUCCUCUCCUCGCUCCAAAGACCCAACGGGGCCAAAGCCGCCUUAGUGAAGAGCAGUAUGUUUUGAUCUGGGGAUCUUGCAGCGGGCGAGCUUGGGGGACCCCCGGGCGGGCAAGCGGGGAUACCCCGAGCUUUUGGUCGUCACUGCUGCUGCUGCUGCUGCCGCCGCCGCGGCUCAGCCUUGGAGAGAGAGCCGAAAAGUCAUCGCCAUCAGAAUAGAGAGAAAAUGACGUCGCCCUCCCACCCAUUUCAACCCCAAGCCACCUCUUC